AUGUACUCCUGUUGCUUAGCCUUGAUUUCCGUUUAUGCGCUGGGUACUAGUGCUAAAGAGGCAAUAGUUGAUGCGGUCCCAGUUGACCCCGAUAACCAGACGACCUGGGUGGGGCAAUGGGAGAAUCAGACGGCGAUUGAGGAGCAGUGGAGUGAAUAUCUGAGUUUAACCGGGCAAACGCUUGCUUCGCUUGCAGCCGGGGAUGCGGCCAGUUGGCAAGGGCUUUGCGCGGCUUGUGUCGAUACACUGACUACCAUUGAUGGGAUGAUGUCUGGUACCCAGAAGUUCCAAGAGGCCAUCAAGGCGCCCGCGCUUCACAUAUGUCAGGUGGCGCUUGCCACGGCUGGGUUCGGCACUGGGCCCAUUCCUGGGACGCGACUUAUUUGUCAAACAAUGCUGUUUUCCGAUAUGUCCCCCUUCAAGCACCUACUCGACUCGUUCCGCGACAAAAAGAAGACAUCGGCGCUGGUGCACAAGACGUGUCACCUCAUCCACGCCUGUUCCAAAAGCGAGCCG